AUGGCACUCGCAGCAGCUAUCAACGUUCCCCGCCUGGGCAAGUCCAUUCAGGUCCCAACUGGUCUCUUUAUCAACAACGAGUUCAGACACUCUGUCGAUUCUGGCGAAAGAAUCGAUGCUAUAAACCCGGCCACGGAAGAGGUUCUUUGCUCUGUCGUUGCAGCCUCUGAAAAAGAUAUCGACGUCGCAGUGGCUGCUGCACGGGAGGCGUUCAACACUACCUGGGGAAAGAAUGUCACCGGUUGGGAGCGUGCCAGGCUCCUGCACAAGCUCGCCGACCUCAUGGAACGCGAUGCUCAAGAGCUUGCCGAGCUUGAGUCUCUCAAUAACGGGAAGCCGGUGCGCAUUGCAAGGGAUUUCGAUAUCGGGGACAGCAUUCAGUGUCUCCGUUAUUAUGCGGGGUGGGCGGACAAGAUCACUGGACAGACGCUUGAAGUAGACAACAAGACCAAGAUUGCCUUUACUCGCCACGAUCCUAUCGGGGUUUGCGGGCAAAUUAUCCCGUGGAACUAUCCCAUUAACAUGUGGGCAUGGAAGGUUGCACCGGCGUUGGCGGUUGGCUGCACCAUCGUCAUGAAGCCGUCAGAGAUGACCCCGUUGACCGCAUUGAAACUGUCUGAACUGGCCAAAGAGGCUGGAUUCCCCCCUGGUGUGGUGAACACUGUUCCUUCACUUGGUUCCGUCGGCGGAGCAGCACUUGCGGCUCAUAAAGACGUUGAUAAGGUUUCUUUGGAGUUGGGCGGCAAGUCACCUCACCUCGUUUUUGAAUCCGCAGACCUGGAGCAAGUUCUCGAAAGCGUUCACAUAGCCCUCCAAUCGGAGAAGAGAUUCCCCGGGGCUUUCUGGACGAUCCCAAUCUACCCAACCGCCCAUGCGUUUCACGUCAAGACAAGAUUUCUGAUAUACAUGCUCAUAGCGGCGAACUGGGCAGCUUUGGGUAUCACCUACAACACAGGGCAGGACUGCACGGCAGGAUCUCGGGUCUACGUCCAGGACACCGUCUACGACAGGUUUCUGGAGCUACUGGUGACCAAGGUCAAACAGCAGGUCGUUGGCGAUGGUUUAGAGGAGAAAACCGGAGCAGGUCCUGUGGUAUCCAAAGGUCAAUACGAUCGGGUAUGGGCGUAUAUCGAGUCGGGAAAGCAGGAAGGCGCCCGCGUGCUACUCGGCGGUAAAAGACGCGAUUCUCCUGGCUACUACGUCGACCCAACUAUUUUCGUUGAUAUCAAACCAGAGAUGAAAAUUGUCAAAGAAGAAAUUUUUGGGCCAGUUUUAUCCGUCGGGAAGUUUAAGACGGAGGAAGAGGCUAUUGCUGUCGCGAAUGAUACCAGCUAUGGACUCGGUGCAGGUUUACACUCGAAUGAUGCCAGUCAGUGCAUGAGAGUUUCGUCGGCUUUAGAAGCUGGAACGGUCUGGGUGAACCAGUACAAUCUGCUCAGCAAUAAUGUUCCCUUUGGUGGCAAGAAGCAAUCAGGAAUUGGCAGAGAGCUUGGCAGUUACGCCCUCGAAGAGUACACCUCGAUUAAAGCCAUCCAUUGGAACUUCGGGGAGAAGUUGGAAUGGCCUCUCUGA